AUGGAAUAUGAGGUUCUAAAAGAACAGAGAAUGAAGGAUCGGAUGAAAUCAAUAAGGAAACUUAAUAUGUUGCUUGCUGCUACUAGGAUUGAGCAUUUAAAAAGAAGAGAGCUCAGUGAAGUUAACCUUCAAACGACCUGUGAUGAUAUUAUUGACCACAUAAUGGUACGGUUACAUGCAACGACUCCAGGAAAAAAGAAAACACGCUUUUCAUUGUAUUUAUCAUCACAACUUAUGUAUGGUGUCACUCGGGUACUGAAGAGACAAAGCGAAUUCCUUUUCAGUGAUGUCUCCACUUUCUUCAAUCGUGUUAGGAUGGCCUUUGUCACUGACGUUGAAGGUGAAAUAGAUCUCAAAGGAAUCUUGAGGUGUGAGAUGGUGACCAUUCCUGAUCUUGCAAACUUUGACUCUCCAGGCCGGCCUGGCUUUGAUCCAGCAUUUGGUUCGAUGAGGAUGAAGUCAUCUGAGACUAAAAUUACUUACCCAGAGCUGGAAAUGUGGAAAGUAAAUUCUAGUAUCAUUCCUGGAUCUCCGUACCUCAGUCCUGUCCCAAAGAAACGAGGAUCUUCAUCAGUCUCUAAAGACGAUAGUCACAUGAUACAACCUGAAGUAGGAAGUCCACAUACAGUUUCCAGUAGGGAAGAAAUCACUAUUCAAGAAGAGGAAAUAAAAAUUCCAGACAUAGAGGUGCCUGGAGAGAAGGACUUACCCACAUUUGAUGGAAAGGAAUUGGACAUGAUUCUUGAGGCGCCACCAGAUCCAAACAUCAACUGGAUGGAUGUUCUUUCCCCAUUGGUACCAGAACCACCCAAGGAUGCAUCUGUUGAGCAGAUGGCUCAGGACCAGUAUGUACCAUGUGUAUACAAUAAAAUCUUAACUGCCAUAUACAUGCACAGGAGUAUGGCACAGAAUCCUAAUCCUAUAUUUUACUAA